AUGGGCGAAAUCCCACCCCAAAAACCAACCUCCCUCACAGACCUCCCCACAGAACUCCACCUCCACAUCUCAAGCUACCUCCCUUACCCAGAUGCCCUAGCCCUAAAACACACCUCCCGCCACUUCUACGCCCUCGUCUACACCGGCGUCCACCUCAAAGUCGACUGGCUGGUCGAGCGUUUCGAGCAAAAACUCGAAUGUCCCAUGGAGAAGUGCUCAUUCCGGACCGACGAGGCAUUUUGUAAUCUGCGCAUUCGCCGAAUCAUGGAGCGCAGACGACGCCAUCUGGAGUGUCGGCGGCGGGCUGGGGGGUGUUUGGUGGUUGCGGGGAGGACUUGUCAGGGGGAUUUGGUGCCGGCGUGGUUGAAGAGGAAGGGGGGGUUGAGGGGUGUUGUUUUCAGAUUUGGGAAUGAGGUUUUGGUUCUCGGGAUGUUGUUCUUGGGGGUGUAUUUGCUUUGGGGGUUGGUUUUUGGGUGA